UAACGAAAUCCCUUAAGGUUAAGUUAGACCCAGCCGGAACAACACUGAAUACUGUGAAGUGUGAAUACACAGCUGAUACCUGUGGAUAAACCAGGAGGUUUUCUAUGCCAGGAUUAUUCUGAAAACCCAACAAAAAAAGUUUUCGAGAAAUCGUCUGGAUCAACAUGAAAACUACCAAGGCGAUAAUCACAAUAUCAGCAUUAGAUCAGGAAAAUAAUAAAAAAAAUGUCAGAAGAACUCUCAAAGAUAUUCAGAAACAUGCAUCUGAUAAAGAAAAUCUGGUAGGGAGAUCAGGACCACAUACUCACAAAGAUCCUAAGUCAUCCAGUGAAUUGGACAAACCUGAUAUAAAAAAGAAGAAAAUUCAAAUGCAGCACAAGUGUAUUCAAGUGGGAGAAUGUACAAUUACUGCUGAAGACUUGACAUUGGAUGAACCUAGUGCUGAUUAUUGGAAACGUCUUGCAGAAACUAGAGGUCAAGCACUGGAUGAUAGUAUCAAUGAAAAUGAAAAGCUGAAAGAAGAUAUUGCUGCCUUACAGGAAGAAAAUAUGAUUUGUAAGGAAAUGCUUGAUGAAUCAAAACAUUUGGUGGAAGUACUACAAGUAAGAUCAUUUGAUUUCUAUGGUACUUAAUGCAUGCAACAUUAGUUGUUAAAUUUAAACAGAUUGCCAAAAAAAGAGGAUGCAAACAACAAAGGGAUGUUAACAGCUAUUCCCAGGGCUAUACCAAAUUUUGUCUAGACAAAUGACUUCAUAACAAAAAGACAAUAUCCUUGAAUUAUGAAAAUGAUGAAGAUAUUAAUAGCUACACCACAUUAUUCCUAGAAAAAUGUCUUCAUAGCAAA